UUCUGCAACAGCUACACGGAGUCAGACCCUGUGAAAAUAGCAGUUGAUGGUGUUGAAACAUUUAAGAAGGAAAAUUGUGAUCUAAUAAUUGUUGAUACCAGUGGACGCCACAAACAAGAAGCUGCUCUUUUUGAAGAGAUGCGACAAGUUGCUGAAGCAACGAAACCAGAUCUUGUGAUAUUUGUUAUGGAUAGCAGUAUUGGUCAAGCUGCCUUUGAUCAAGCUCAAGCAUUUAAGCAAAGUGUUGCAGUUGGCGCUGUAAUUGUUACUAAGAUGGAUGGUCAUGCAAAAGGAGGUGGUGCCCUCAGUGCAGUUGCUGCAACAAAAAGUCCCGUCAUUUUUAUUGGAACUGGUGAACACAUGGACGAGUUUGACGUUUUUGAUGUUAAGCCAUUUGUCAGCCGUCUUUUAGGCAUGGGUGACUGGUCUGGGUUCAUGGACAAGAUACAUGAGGUUGUCCCGAUGGAUCAACAGCCUGAACUUCUUCAGAAGCUAUCGGAAGGACAUUUUACCUUGAGGAUAAUGUAUGAGCAAUUUCAGAACAUACUUAAAAUGGGCCCCAUUGGCCAGGUCUUCUCCAUGCUUCCAGGAUUCAGUGCAGAGUUGAUGCCAAAAGGACGUGAAAAUGAAAGCCAGGCAAAAAUUAAAAGAUACAUGACAAUGAUGGAUUCAAUGACUAAUGAAGAAUUGGAUACUUCCAACCCAAAGCUUAUGACCGACUCCCGAAUUAUGCGGAUAGCUAGGGGGUCCGGCCACCAAGUGCAUGAGGUAAUGGAUAUGAUGGAGGAAUACAAACGACUGGCUAAGAUGUGGAGUAAGAUGAAGGGACUUAAGAUUCCGAAGAAGGGAGAGAUGAGUGCCUUGUCUCGAAACAUGAAUGCACAACACAUGAGCAAAGUCUUGCCUCCCCAGAUGUUGAAACAAAUAGGCGGUAUGGGUGGGUUGCAGAACUUGAUGAAGCAAAUGGGUUCUGCCAAGGACAUGAUGGGUGGUAUGGGUGGUAUGUUUGGUGGUGGGGACAAGUAAACAUGAAAGCACAAUUAACAAGUUAAAACUCAAGGCUAAUUUAGGUGGGCAAAUCUCUUGUUUUUGUUAACUGGUAAAGAACAUCUUAACCCCAGACUUUCCUCUUACUCCUUGUAUUAGUGGGUCAUAGAUUUUGAAAUUUUAGGAAGCAGAUCAUAUCAAGUUGUCAAUAGAAGGAUUUAGUAUGAUUCAUGUAACUUGAUGAUUUUCUUCUUGUAUUUUUGUAGCGGGAUGUUUCACAAGUACAAAUUGUUGAGUAUAGCAUUAUAACUGUCAAUUUUUUCUCUCAA